GUUGAAAGAGAGGGAUCGCGUGCAGCCCUGAGGAACCUCGAUCCUGGUCACACGAUCGUCGAAAACGGACGGCCCCGCUGCGCAGGAAACUCGGUAUCCCCACCCUGGCGCCACCACCGGCUGACUGCCGCCGACGCUUUUUUCAACAUCAAGCAUUCUCUCACUUGAGGCUGUCUUGUCUGACAUUCUGUCUUAGCUCCAGUUACGCAACGGUACUAAGUCGUCAGGCCAAGAAACAAAACAAAAGAAAACGAGCCAGAGAAACACUUCAAGCUGAAAGCGGGGGACGGCGUUUCUUUGGCCUUGUCAAGCGACCUGAUUGACAGGGCAUUGACAGGACCGGGCAGUGAGGUGGCGUCGGACCCUGCCGCCAUUCCCCAGACUCGGAGGUCCUCGACAAACCAAUCCGGAAGCAGCAGACCAAGCUGAGCACAACGCCGAACAGGAUGCACAGCGUCGAGGACGGGCCGCUGAUCUCAUCGGGGGCCCUCGAACCGUCAGACAAAGCGCUGAUCCCUGUUCCAAGCAGCCCGAUGGUAAAGAGGGAUGGGCUCGAUUGUGGGCACGGCCAAAACGCCUCGAACGCCUCUAUCGCCUCUUCCCCAGCUGGUUGCCAGUGCUCUCAACAACCGGGUCAUUCCUCAACAGUGAAUCCCAAUUCGCAGGCAGCACCAAACCUGGUUGGACUUGAUAAACCUGGUCUGGGCAAGCCCGGCCUGCUUGGCGAGGCCAUCAUACCACUUCCAGGGCUGGUCGCCCCGCACGCUCAGAGCCAGCUCCAACUCCCCGCGCAGCCAAUUCCUAUAAAGGCUGUUACCCCAGAAGCGUCACGCGCGCCCACCGGUGGCGAUCACCUCGCUCCUGAGCUUUCUCUUCACACAACUCCAUCCACCAUGAUCUUUUCGGAUCUGUAUAGGUCGCCGAGGACGACCCUCACCAAAUUCCGCAAUUCUUUCCCACAGGGCGUCCCGCCACCGCCAGAUAUCGACGCCGAUCUUGUCAGUAAAGACAAGACCAGGAAUAGGGAAGCCGUAAGGAAGUACCUCGUUGAGAAGAUACGCAACGACUGGCAAUUCACCUGGCCGCCCGUGGCGACUUCGGAACCGACUCCGACAAAAACGUCAGCUCCCGAUGAAGUAGAAGGCGUCCAAACAACGGCGGAUGUUGCACCAGACUCUACCCCUCCAUUAGCAACAGCCGACGAGGAAACCACGAGGGAUCCAGGGGAGGAGGCCGACUCCGAGUCGGACGCAGCGUCAGUGUAUAGCACCAUCUCGGACGAUCCUGGGCACUUCCGGCCACGGGCAGAAUGGACGUCGGAUCUAUCAGACGACGAUGAACCCCAACCUUCGGCCUCUCCAUUUCGCUUCGACAGUCCAGAGGCUGUUGGCGCAGCCGUCCACGAUUCUAUCGAGAAGAAGCGUGCAUGCCGAAGGAGAGCCGUGCGGGAUGAGACAAAGUGGAACACUGGGCUGGCAUGCUUCGAGGCCCGCCGCAACGCCUGGACAGGCGCAAAAACGGUGCGGGUGAAGCCGAAACCAGCAAGCCCAGUCUCACCUUCCUCCGGCCGUCGCCUCUUCUGGCGCCACCAAAAAACGCAGUCGUCGGUCUCCCACAGCGCUAUCAUCACCUCCGGCUCGCCCCCCGUGCCAACCUCCCCCAUCUCUACGACUGCGCCCCGCUCAUCCACAGCAACAACCUCCGACUCGGACUCAGGAGGCGCACAUAGGACAAUUUCGCAAGACUCCAAUGCCGUCGGUGUCCUGUACCCUGUCCACACUGUCGUCCCCGUCGCCCCCCCACUCCUGCCGCCACAGAACGCCAUGCGCUCCUCGAUCCAGCCAUCCAUGUACAGCUCCCUCUACGAUAGAGUCGUUUCUCAGAGCCAACAGCCGUCCUGCCCCGUCAACCUCGCCGACAUGCUGCGUGCCUGCGUCGUCGGCUGGAAGCGCGACGGCGAGUGGCCCCCGAAAACUCUGUAUCCUGUCCCGGCCCCUGUCCCGGCAGCCAACGCCGAGGUUAUCGCCAUGCGCCAGUGGAAAGCCCAAAAGCAACGGAACAAGAACGCAGCCGCAGGCCCAACGUCGGGAAGGAGGCUAAGCCUCGUCGGGUUGUUUGGUGGCUCGGCGGGUGGGGCGAAUAAGACAGCUGCCACGACGGCGGCGACGACGCACGAGGUGAAGGACACCAAGGAGAAAGAUAAGGAAAAUGGUCUGGGCCAUUCGCAGUCCCAUUCCCACUCCGACGAGGGCGCCGGGUCAUCGGGCAAGGCGCUGUUCAGGCGGAGCCUGCAAAAGGUGCUGUCGCUCGGGCAACAUGGCCACGCACAUAGUGCCGCGAACGGGAACAUGGGUGGGCCGAUUUCGCCGACGACUCCUUCGCAGAAGGAGGCUACUGCUGCAUUUUGAAACUGGGGGUUGGCCCGUUCGACGUCGGGCGGGGGAUGGGAUGAGGUGUUCAGGACUUUCCGAUGAUUUGGUUUCCGGUGCUGGGUUUGGUUUCUCCUCAACAAUCAUGGGUGGUUAAGAAAUACCGUAUACCGUGCUAUUUGAUACCCCAAUUAUUUUCUAGUUUGAUAUCAUUAGGAGGGGAACAGCGGGAAGACGGCGGCAGAGGGUACCUAAGGAAUAAAGGAACCGGUCGGUAUAAUGUGUGACAUGAUCAACUCAAUCAUUUGGGGCGUGGUAAUGGGGAUUGAAAUAUAUUGGAUUGAACCCUUCUGCGUUGAAGCGGAACCACAAAUG